UAAUGUUUCUAUGUUCUUAGUGAUUUGCAAGAUGGCUGCCCUCACGAGUAGACGCACGUUUUUCAGUUUUAGUCGAAAUUUAUUUAAAUUUAACGAAACUAAACGACUUCAUUCAUCUUUGUGCUGCAAGUAUUUAAAAAAUUGUACGAAUAAAAGGCACUUAAAUCGUGAAAAAUAUUUAUUAAACACAAGCGGGAUAUCGGAACUUGGUUGCCAUGGUUUCCAUCUUUCUUCCUCAUAUUUUGCUUCAAAAGAUUUUUAUAAAAUAUUAGGAGUUUCUAAAAAUGCGUCACAAAAAGAUAUAAAGAAGUCGUAUUACCAGCUUGCGAAAAAGUUCCACCCAGACACAAACAAAGGAGAUAAAAAUGCUUCAGUCAAAUUUGCUGAAGUAGCUGAAGCUUAUGAGGUUCUUGGUGACGAAACCAAAAGGCAGCAAUACGACAUGCUUGGUUCAGCUGGCUUCCAAGCAAACCAGCAAGGUGGAAGGAGCUGGGGGGCUUCUCAUGGCUUCCAGGGACAAAUGGAUCCCGAAGAUUUGUUUCGGAAAAUAUUUGAGGAGUUUUCUGGGGGUGGGGGGCAAAGUAGAGGGUUUGACAACUUUCAGGAUUAUACACCAAUGGAGGUCUACCUUGAUCUCACCUUCAAUGAAGCAGCAAAGGGAGCAAACAAAACCAUGAAGAUUGACAUCAUGGAUACUUGUCCAAGGUGUGAUGGGAAAGGAAAUGAACCUGGGACCAAAAUAUCAAAAUGUGGUUUCUGUGGGGGCUCAGGAAUGGAGCAAGUAGUGACGGGUCCAUUUGUAAUGAGAUCCACAUGUCGUAAAUGUGGGGGGACCGGUAAACUUGUUACUUUCCCAUGUGUACAAUGUGGAGGCAGAGGUCAAGUUAAGCAGAAGAAGUCUGUGACCGUUCCCGUACCUGCAGGUGUUGAAGACAAACAAACAGUUCGAAUGCAAGUUGGAACGAGAGAAGUCUUUAUUACAUUUAAGGUCGCACCAAGUAAAGUGUUCCGCAGACAAGGGGCCGACGUCCAUUCCGAUGUAGAAAUAUCAAUAGCACAAGCUGCACUAGGUGGCAGCAUACGAGUGCCAGGAAUACAUACAGACACCGAGCUUGAGAUUUCACCGGGCACUUCCUCGCAUGAGAGAUUUCACUUCAGGGGGAAAGGAAUUAAGAAAGUGAAUAGUUACGGCUUUGGAGAUCACUAUGUUCAUGUGAAGAUUAAACCACCAAAGACCCUAACACCGAAACAGAAAAGUUUGCUCAUAGAAUUUGCUCAAGAAGAUGGAAAUAUAGAUGGUACAGUGGAGGGAGUGUACCCCGUUGAAAAAAAAGUGGAAACAGAAGAUGCAAAAACUGAACCAGAAUUGAAUAAAAUUGAAGAAAAACCAGGAUUUUUUAGCAAAAUAAAAAAAGCAAUACUUGGUUGACAUAUACCCUGUGAAUGUAUUAACGUUACUUAGAUUGUAUUACAAUUUCCUAUUAACCUUGCAUUGCAUUACAGAAAAGGCAAUUGAAGAAAAUUGAAAGAAUCUUGAAAAUAGCAGUGAUAUUGAAAUAGUAGCAACAGUGGUUAAUAUACGUGUGUUUCAGUGUUGUGAUAUAAAAACUACAUUCUGUUCACCAUCA